AUGAGGUUUUAUAACCUGAGUGCUACUUUAACAGUCUUUUGUCAGUUUGUGUUAGUCCUUUCGCAAACAAACUUGCCUGAAGAUGCAACAUUAUACUUCGAAGAAUUGGCUAGCAAAUAUGGCCACCCUGCUCGUAAAUAUGAGGUCGCUACUGAAGAUGGCUACAUACUGACCUUGUUUAAUCUACCAGGAACAAAAGACCCAGUACUUCUCAUGCAUGGAAUGCAAGGGACCUCAGAUAUAUGGAUGUUAAGAGGAAACAUCUCCUUACCGAUAGUCCUUGCGAACGCAGGUUUUGACGUCUGGGUGGGCAAUAACCGAGGCAACAGAUAUUCCAGAAAACAUCGGUACCUCGACCCGGAUAAUGACGCAGCUUUCUGGGACUUUUCAUUCCACGAGCUAGGAGUUUACGACCUUUCGGCUAUGAUUGAUAAAGUUUUGGAGAGCACUGGUGCAAAUCAAAUCAACGCGAUAGGCCAUUCCCUGGGCACCACAUUGUUCUUCGUUCUGGGUUCAACCAAGCCGCAAUACAAUGCAAAAGUGAACGUACUAAUUGCUUUAGCUCCUGUUUGCUACCUGAACAAUAUUCCACCGUUAAUGAGCACGUUUUUUAAACUUGCUCCCUUAAUCGGCAAAUCUUUCAAAAACUUGAAUAUAUAUGAAGUGUUUGACAAACCAGCAAGGGAUAUAGUAAGGCAAUUAUGCUCCUUACCGCUUAUAGGAUACGAGAUAUGCAUCGAGGGUGUUUUAUUCGCGAUAGUUGGAAGUGAUCCUAAAGAGCUAUCCCGCGAAUUUACAAAGAUUGUGUAUCCCCACUUUCCGUCGAGCGGAUCUUUGAAGAACUUCCUCCAUUUAGCACAAUUGCAUAAUAGAAGAACAUUCGCACAUUACGACUAUGGAUUGUUGAGGAAUAAAGCUGUUUAUGGAUCUAGUGUUCCACCGGAAUAUGAGUUGAACAAAGUGACAAUGCCCGUCGCGAUAAUAGUUGGUGAGAAUGACAAGUUAUCAGUAUUGAAGGACGUUCAAAUCUUAAGAAAGAAGUUGCCGAACGUGGUGAGCUACGCGGUGUCUCCUCAUGCAGCAUUCAAUCACCUGGACGACAUAUGGGGCGCGCAUAUGGAUGUUUAUUUGUACCCGUAUGUGUUUAAAGUAUUAGAACAGUAUAGUUAG